CUCUUCCUUUCUGACCCGCGCCGUUCGCCGUAGUCACGUGGUCACAACCGGAAGUGAACCAAACACGAGGAGCGGCGCAGGGGAGUCGGUCCCGACUUUUUAGGGCUGAUCUGUGUUUGUAUGAGGGUGCUUUGACGACAUGGCGGCGUGUGUACCUGGACAGUUUGAUGACGCGGAGGAGGACAGCGUCCAAUCAGUGGAGCAGACUCUCAUCAGUGUUGUCACUGGGCCAUCUUCAUCAGCGUGGCGGGAUGACAGUGAGGAGGUGGAGGAGGAGGAGGAGGAGGAGGAAGAGGAGGAUGAAGAGGAGGAUGACUGGGCAUGGAGCUCAGCAGCAGACCUAACUAAAAGAUAUAACCAGGUGGCAGACGGCUCUCAGUCCAACAGACAGAAUCCAUCCAGUAAGAAGUUCUCAUCCUCAACGCCGUCUGACAAAGCUCUGAGGAAAUAUGAAAACAAGAUCAACCUGGAUAAACUGAACUAUGCAGACUCAGUGAUCAAUAAAGUGACGACGAUGCAGAAACAGAGAGAAGCCGACAAGUACAGAGUGAAGGAUAAAUCAGAUCGAGCGACAGUAGAACAGGUUUUAGAUCCUCGAACUCGAAUGAUUCUCUUCAAGAUGCUGAGUCGAGGAAUCAUCUCUGAGAUCAACGGCUGCAUCAGCACCGGGAAGGAGGCAAAUGUUUAUCAUGCCAGCACGGCGGCCGGAGACAGCAGAGCGAUUAAGAUUUAUAAGACGUCCAUCCUGCUGUUCAAGGACCGCGACAAAUACGUCAGCGGGGAGUUCAGGUUCCGUCAUGGAUACUGUAAAGGAAACCCAAGGAAGAUGGUGAGAACAUGGGCAGAGAAAGAGAUGAGGAACCUCAUCAGACUGCAGAUGGCGGGAAUCCCGAGUCCAGAACCUCUCCUGCUCAGAAGUCAUGUUCUCCUGAUGGGAUUCAUUGGAAAAGACAACAUUCCGGCCCCUCUGCUGAAGAACGCCUCACUUUCAGAGUCGAAGGCGCGAGAACUCUACCUGCAACUCAUACAGAACAUGAGAAAAAUGUUUCAGGACGCCCGACUCGUCCAUGCCGACCUCAGCGAGUUCAACAUACUGUAUCACAAUGGAGACGCUUACAUCAUCGAUGUGUCACAGUCAGUGGAGCACGAUCAUCCUCACGCCCUCGAGUUCCUCAGGAAGGACUGCAGCAACAUCAACGAGUUCUUUGUGAAGCACGGUGUGGCCGUGAUGACGGUCAGGGAGCUCUUUGACUUCAUCACUGACCCGUCCAUCACCUGCCAGAACAUCGACCAGUACCUGGACAAGGCGAUGGUGAUCGCAUCUGAGAGGACGUCGGAGCAGCGAUCGGAUCAGGACCACGUGGAUGAGGAGGUGUUUAAGAAAGCCUACAUCCCCCGUACACUGACUGAGGUGAGUCACUAUGAGCGUGACAUUGACGUGAUGAGGACACAGGAGGAAGAGUUGGCCAUCAGUGGACAAAAUGACAAUAUUCUGUACCAGACGUUGACCGGGCUGAAGAAGGAUCUCUCUGGAGUUCAGACGGUUCCUGCUCUCCUGGAGGAUGACUGCUCCUCCUCACAGGAAGAGGAGGAAGAAGAGGAGGAGGUAGAGGAUGAAGAGCAGCAGCAGCAGAGUGAGGAUGUGCCGAUGGACAGAAAGGAGAGGAAGAAGAUAGUGAAGGAGGCUCAGCGAGAGAAACGACGAACCAAAGUACCCAAACACGUGAAGAAGAGGAAGGAGAAGGUGGCAAAGAUGAAGAAGGGCAGAUGAUGACCACUUCCUGUCUCCAUCUUCCCUAACAGCCAAUCACCAGUGAGCAGAGAGCUGCUGCAGUUGGACUUUAUUAAUACAGAGAUGGACAGAAACUUUAUUCACACCUUUCUGUUUCUGUACAAAUAAAGUGCAUUCACAU